AGGCCCAGGAGAGACCUUACUAUGCAGACUACUCCCCGGUGCGUCUCGCCGUCCACACGUUGUGCACCAGCCACUACCUAGACCUCUUCAUCACCGUCAUCAUCGCCACCAACGUCCUCACCAUGAGCAUGGAGCACUACAACCAGCCGCAGUAUCUGGAGGAGAAGUUAAAGUAUUGUAACUACAUCUUCACUCUGGUGUUUGUCAUCGAACAGACACACACACACAUCGCCUUCGGGCUGAGACGCUUCUUCAAGGAGAGGUGGAACCAGCUGGACCUGGCCAUAGUGUUGUUGUCCGAUGGUAUCACUCUGGAGGAGAUUGAUCUCAACGCAUCACUGCCCAUCAACCCCACCAUCAUACGCAUCAUGAGAGUACUGAGGAUCGCUAGAGUGUUGAAGCUGUUGAAGAUGGCUACAGGGAUGAGAGCCCUGCUGGACACUGUAGUUCAGGCCCUGCCUCAGGUGGGGAAUCUGGGUCUCCUCUUCAUGUUGCUGUUCUUCAUCUAUGCAGCCCUGGGAGUGGAGCUGUUUGGGAAACUGGAGUGUUCCGAGGAGAACCCGUGUGAGGGUCUGAGUCGUCACGCCACAUUCCAGAACUUUGGCAUGGCGUUCCUCACUUUGUUCCGCAUUUCCACCGGUGACAACUGGAAUGGAAUCAUGAAGGACACAUUGCGUGAGUGUCUUCCAGAGGAGCACUCCUGCCUGACCUACCUUCCCCUGGUGUCUCCUGUCUACUUCGUGACCUUCGUCCUCACGGCCCAGUUCGUGCUGGUCAACGUGGUGGUAGCUGUGUUGAUGAAGCAUCUGGAGGAGAGCAACAAGGAGGCGCAGGAGGAGGCGGAGGAGGAGGCCAAAGAGGAGGAGGCUAGGCAACAGGAGGAGGCCAGACAAGAGGAGGCGCGCCAGGAGGCCGUCCGUCCCCUUAGCAACGCCUCAGUGGGCGGGGUGGAAUCGUCUGGACAGUUUGAGGAAGAAGAGGGUUGUCGUGGUAGCCUGCUGACGGUGGGCCGGCCGUCUCUGUCACGUAUGAUGUCUCUGCCUAGCGACAGCUACAUGCUCCGCCCCCUACAGCCCCUCGGACACACCCCCUACCCUCCCAUUGGCCACGACACCUACGGGGGAUACGGUUUCUCAGGUUCUGUCUCCUCCAUGGGCUCUAGUGGAGCAGGAUCCCUACUGCAGGUCCCGGGGGCGUUACCAUCGGGAAGCCGCGCGUCCCUCAGCUCCAGGGGAUCCAGCUGCAGACCCACGGUCAGGCUCAGCCCCUCCCACAGCGUGGACAGACACUCCCUCUCCAUGGGAAGACACACCCCCAGGAGGCCCAGCGAUGUUGAGGGCAGACGAGCGUCGUUUAUCAGUAGUUCUUACUACACCCACAGUAUGGACACACAUAGUUACGGACUCCGCCCUGCUCAGAGCAUCGACACACAUAGUUACAGACUCAGCCCUGCUCAGAGCAUCGACACACAUAGUCACAGACUCCGCCCUGCUCAGAGCAUCGACACACAUAGUUACAGACUCCGCCCUGCUCAGAGCAUCGACACACAUAGUUACAGACUCCGCCCUGCUCAGAGCAUCGACACACGCUCCUCCCAUUACCUCGAUAGACGAGCCUCUUAUAUCCACAGCCCCUCCCACAGCAUGGACAGUAGACACGCCCCUCAGAUGGAUAGACACACCCCUUAUAUCCACAGCCCCUCCCACAGCAUGGACGGUAGACACGCCCCUUAUAUCAGCAGCCCCGCACACAGCGUCAAUAGACACACCCCUCCUAACAAUAGACACGCCUCUAAUAUGAGUAGCCCCUCCCACGGUAUGGACAGACAGCCCCGACCCAGCACCUCCCUCGGUGUGAGCAGACAGCCCCGACCCAGCUCCUCCCUCGGUGUGAGCAGACAGCUGAGGAGACAGAAGGCGGUGCGUUGUGACUCUGAGGACCUGAGCUGCAGUUCCACCGACGAUCUGCGGGGGAGCUCUGUCGACGGCGCCUACCUCACCGUACCCAGCGUGCACCUCUCACCACUACCCAGCGUGCACCUCUCACCUCUACCCAGCCCGCCCCCUGGUGGCAACACACACCUGGACGUGCACCGCCCCUCCUCGCCCUCCCGCUCCCCCCGAGGACGCACCUCCAGCGCACACACACUCCGCCACACACACACCGUACACACACUGAGCCACACACACAGUCAGAGGGUUAUAUCUACCAGAGGACACAGUAGGAGCCACAGUGAUAGUGGCCCCCAGCCGCCCCCCCCCGGCCCCCAGCCGCCUCCCCCCGGCCCUCAGAUCUCCACCCCCUGGUCAACAGACACCCCACAGACACCCCAGAGGCCUGAGAUGCUCCAGACCCCAGACCCCAGGCCCAUCUCUCUCUGCUCUGGAGGUCCCAGCCCCAACCUCGCCAUCUCUACUCCCUCCACUCCCCAGAGGCCUGAGAUGUCCCAGACCCCAGACCCCAGGCCCAUCUCUCUCUGCUCUGGAGGUCCCAGCCCCAACCUCGCCAUCUCUACUCCCUCCACUCCCCAGAGGCCUGAGAUGUCCCAGACCUCAGACCCCAGGCCCAUCUCUCUCUGCUCUGGAGGUCCCAGCCCCAACCUCGCCAUCUCUACUCCCUCCACUCCCCAGAGGCCUGAGACGCCCCAGACCCCAGACCCCAGGCCCAUCUCUCUCUGCUCUGGAGGUCCCAGCCCCAACCUCGCCAUCUCUACUCCCUCCACUCCCCAGAGGCCUGAGACGCCCCAGACCCCAGACCCCAGGCCCAUCUCUCUCUGCUCUGGAGGUCCCAGCCCCAACCUCGCCAUCUCUACUCCCUCCACUCCCCAGAGGCCUGAGAUGUCCCAGACCCCAGACCCCAGGCCCAUCUCUCUCUGCUCUGGAGGUCCCAGCCCCAACCUCGCCAUCUCUACUCCCUCCACUCCCCAGAGGCCUGAGAUGCCCCAGACCCCAGACCCCAGCCCCAACCUCGCCAUCUCUACUCCCUCCACUCCCCAGAGUCCUCAGACCAGCUUUGACCCUGACCAGAACUCCACACCCCAGAGUCCCAGUACCAGCCCUGCCUUCAGCCCUGGUCCGUCUACCCUGACCCUCAGUACCAGCCCUGCCUUCAGCCCUGGUCCGUCUACCCUGACCCUCAGUACCAGCCCUGGUCCGUCUACCCUGACCCUCAGUACCAGCCCUGGUCCGUCUACCCUGACCCUCAGUACCAGCCCUGGUCCGUCUACCCUGACCCUCAGUACCAGCCCUGGUCCGUCUACCCUGACCCUCAGUACCAGCCCUGGUCCGUCUACCCUGACCCUCAGUACCAGCCCUGGUCCGUCUACCCUGACCCUCAGUACCAGCCCCUGGUCCGUCUACCCUGACCCCCAGUACCAGCCCUGGUCCGUCUACCCUGACCCUCAGUACCAGCCCUGGUCCGUCUACCCUGACCCUCAGUACCAGCCCUGGUCCAUCUACCCUGACCCUCAGUACCAGCCCUAG